AUGAAGAGCUUCUUUCCAUUUCUUUUCACCACGACUCUUGCAGUCCUGCCUGUUUGCGUGGAAGCAAUCUCCACUGCAGGGUUGAGUGACGCCUCCAUCGGUAAAUCUACAGGGGGCAACUCAAUUUGUGCCUCGGGCUAUAUCACGAUCCCCAUUUCGGUGAAUGGUACUACAUUGAACUAUACGCCUCCUAAGAAAACCGCUGCGGAGAUUGAGUCUAUGAUAGAAAUGUACCAGAUCACGAAUUCAUUGUCGUCAACUGCGCCAAAUGGUACCCAUCUCAUAGAGGGAGAAUUUAAAAUCUACACCAAGCUUUGCAUCCCAAGUUCAAGCGCAAAAGCCGCUAGUAUCAAGACUGUGCAGCUUCUGACGCACGGUGCCACGCUGGACCAUACUUAUUGGGAUAUCAGUACUGGCCACAGCUACAUCGAUGCUGCCACUGAAGCUGGAUAUGCGACCUUGUCUUACGACCAACUGGGAGUCGGCAACUCAGACCACCCAGACCCCAUCCAGACCGUACAGGCUACAAGCCAGGUUGCAGUCACGCACGCUCUCGCCCAGCUACUGCACGAUUCAAAGAUCGGAAAUUACAAAUUCGAGAACGUGGUCGGUGUAGGCCACAGCGCUGGUAGCACCUUAGUGCAGGCCAUCACCACUGAGUAUCCCAGUGACUUUGAUGCCGUGAUUCUGACCGGCACAAGCACAAACGAAGACUACGUCGCUCUCUCCAUGGUCGCUUUUAAUCUCAUAAAUGCGAACACGGACACUUCUGGUCGCUUUGAUGAUCUGCAAGCAGGCUAUUUGACUCAGCAAACUGCGGCAGGUAUUCAAUUUGCAUUCUAUCGCUGGCCAAACUUUGAUACCACCGCCUUCCAGAGUCAAGUUGCCAACAAGCAAACCAACACUGUGGGAGUUUUGCUCACCCUUGGUGGUGUCCUCGCAGAGGCGCCUGACUUUACUGGUCCCUUGGAUGUUGUGCUUGGCGAGAACGACUUUGUCUUUUGUGGUGGUAACUGCACAUAUCCUGAAAACCAGGCUGCACUGGUUGAGUCGACCUUCUACCCCAAUGCAGCCUCGGGUAGUCAGUACUACCUUGCUGCAGGCUCUGGACACGCUAUUGCUGCCCAUGACAGUGCAGGUGAUAGUUUUGAUCAGAUGAUCAGUUUUCUACAGUCCAAUGAUAUCUACUAA